AUGCUAGUAGAUAAUGGUAGUUUCGUAAAUAUUCUUUUUGGGGCCACAUUUGAUAAGAUGAUUUUGGACUACAAGCUAACUCCUACCACCACUCCCUUGUAUAGAUUCAUUGAAGAUAUCAUUACUUCGAGUGGAAGGAUCACACUUGCAGUGGAAAUGGGACAACAAUCUCAAACUAAUAUGAACUUCAUGGAAUUUUUGAUAGUUGAUAGCAAGUCAGCUUAUCAUGGGGUUCUGGGAAGAUCCGCCCUGAAAGACUUGGGAGCUGAUCCCACCAAGAUACUGAAGGUGGGAAAGGGCCUUUCAACAAAAAUCAAGGAGAAACUCAAGGAUUUUCUAAGUAGAAACCUUGACAUCCUUGCAUGGAGGCACGAUGACAUGGUGGACAUCAAUCCCAAGGUCAGCUACCACCAUCUUAAAAUCGAUCCUAAGGCUGCCUUGCAUCGGCAGAAAAGAAGAGCCCUUAACCCGAAAAGAUACGAGGCCCUAAAGGAAGAGGUCUUCAACCUGGAGCUGAUAAAGAAGCAUAACGAAAAAUGGAGGGUAUAUAUUGACUUUACCAACCGUAAUAAGGCAUGUCCCAAAAAUAGAUUCUCUCUCACUAGGAUCGAUCAACUAAUAGACUCCACCGCUGGUCAUGAGUUAUUGAGCUCUAUGGAUGCCUACUCAAGCUACAACAAAAUUUUCAUGUUCUUAGUCGAUGAGAAAAGCACCUCUUUCAUCACAGAUAGAGGCCUUUAUUGCUACAAAAUGAUACCCUUGGGUUUGAAAAAUGUCGGGGCUACUUAUUGA